AUGAUAUUGCCAAAAUUACAUCCACUUCCUUCGUAUGCUGUAGCGAGUAAAAGGGCCGAGAAACCCUGGUAAAACGGGAAAUGAGAUAUGGAAGAAGAUUUCAGGGACGCCAUUCCAUGCUCUUCCCUUACCGUUGAUUCAAUACUUCGUGUCGGAACGGCUGGUGCAAUUUGGGGACUGUGCAUAGGUCCACAAGAAGCUCGUAAAAGAAGUCUGACUGGCAUUCGACGAGUUUCCUUUGUGACAAAAUCAAUUGGUAAAAUUGGCUUUCAAUGUGGACUUGUUGCUGGUGUUUUUACUAGUACUCGCUGUGGAAUUCAGAGAUAUCGGGGGCAGAAUGAUUGGAUAAAUGCUUUUAUUGCGGGUGGUGUGGCAGGAGCAUUAGUUGCUGCUGGGACUCGGAGCUUCACACAGGUCAUUGGAAUGGCUGGCCUGGUCUCUGCCUUCAGUGCAGCUGCUGACUACUCUAGAACAAAUUGAAUAUCUCCUUGUGAAAGUCUGCAGAGGAAUAUUGAGGUGAUUCUCACCCAGCUGCAUCUUGUUUUCUGCCGUUGCUUAUAUUGAAGUUGUCAUAUGAGAUAGUUGAUGUUGCCUUCACAUUUAUGGAAGAAAACUAGAUAUGUUAACCUGCUCAAAGUUGAAUUGACAUGAUAAGUAAAGCUAAUGCAAGUUUUACAUUAUGUCAUUACUGUUCCUGUCCACAAUGAGAUACGAGAGUUGAAUGUAAAUUUCUUAAAGUCAGUAUAAAACUGAUGGGUAAUCUUUGAUGCUCCUGAGAA